CUCCCCUCCUCUCAGCCACCUCUUUCCCCCACCGAAGAGGUCAAAUUCCUCCAUAACUCCCUGCCAAGACCUGCUGUUGCCACCCCCACCACCAAUAUCAGCAGCCUACCGCAAGUUUCACAACGCUCCUCUUCCCCUGGUGUCGUCGCGCGUCCAGCUGAGGAAACUGUUCCCCCGAAGCCAGUGAAGAAAACGGUUGCCUCCUUCCAACCACUCGAAGUGGUCGAGGAUUCUUCUUAUACAGUAAAUGUCUGCCUGAUUUAUCAAUCGUUUGUCUUUGUCUUCACACUGUCCUGUGAAUUGGUCGAUAAAGUACUGAGGCGUCAAGUGUCCGUUGGAUUAAGUGCAAAUCAGGCCGUCUGUGUUCAAUCCCUCUCGAAGAUUCCUUGUAUGCCCAAGAAGCAACACUUUACACUCAUUGCUCCACUGUUUUUGUUCCCAUCCACCUAUCCACCCCCUCCCCCGAUUCUGCUUUUAGGCCUUGAAAGUGGUGCGCGCCUGAAGUUGAGCUUGCGAGACCAGACGAAGAAGCAGCAGCCGAAGACGCCAGUGGAGGCGGCACCAGCUCCGGCAGUUCAGCCAAGGAGCCAGUGGGCCGAAGUCUCGCUGGAGGAAGAGCAGCAGUCGGCACAGAAGGAGUCGCGCACGCAUUGGGUAGAACUGCUGGCUAAUUCUACUAUUUACUGCGCGAUGCAGGCCAAUUUCGCUUAA